ACUGGAGGAAAAGUGUAAAAAACAUCCAGCUUCAACCAGCCCCCUGUAUCCACUUCAGAAGAUGAAUUUGGGACAAAAGAAAUCACUGAUUACAAGAGUAAUCUCCAAUCAUCAUCAUCAUACAUUUCUAUUGCAUAGUUUUGUGAGAGAUUAUUAUGGUUCACGAGGUAAUAACAAGAGCAGAAGAAUUUCACACCUUGAGAGUCAUGUGAGGGAUGAGUGUAAAUCAGGAAAGAUUAAAAAGCUUGAUAUGGUUUGAUCAAUUAAUUUUGGAAAGGCCAUUACCAUAUAAUGAUACAUUUAAUCAUGUAUUGAGUUCAUUAUCCAAGAUUAAAUGCUAUUCACAUUUCAUUAUGUUGUAUAAGAAGAUGAGUUUACAGGGUGUUGAACCUAAGAUUUCUACGUUUAACAUUUUGAUUAAUUGCUGUUGUCAAUUAGGAAAUGUGAACCAUGCGUUUUGUUUGCUCGGGCAGAUUUUAAAGAGGGUUAUAAUCCUAGUACAAUCACUUUCAAUACACUGAUUAAAGGAUUGUGUAUCAAGAACGAGAUUGAACCUGCCUUUGAAGUGUUUGCUAAAAUGUCUCAAAUGCGGGUUCAGCCUGAUGCCUAUACAUGUAAUGCUCUUAUACAUGGGCUAUGUAGAACUGGUCAAGUUGGUCGUGCUCUUCGGCUGAAAAACAUGAUGGGGAAAUGGAACUGCAGACCUAAUGUUGUUUCAUAUUGUAUGAUUAUAGAUACACUUUGCAAAGGAGGUGUAGUUGAUGCAGCUUUGGUUCUCUUCUCCAAAAUGCUUAGAGAUUUGGAUGUCGUACCCAAUGUAGUUGUUUACAAUUCUUUGAUGAACGGACUUUGCAUUUCAGGUCGGUUAAACGAGGCAAAGAGACUCCUUGAGGAGAUGACUAGUAGAGGAAUCUCUGCAAAUGUAAUGACUUAUAAUACUAUUAUUCAUGGUCAUUGCCUACAUGGUCAACAAGAAGAAGCAAGAAAAUACUUUGAUGAAAUGCUGUAUCGAGGGAUUUCACCCAAUACAGUAACUUUUAAUAUAGUAAUAGAUUCACAUUGUAAAAAUGGAAUGAUGGAAGAUGCUGAGGAGUUAUUCAAAUUGAUGGACAAGAUAAAUAUAAAACCUGAUCGAAUUACUUAUACUAUAAUGAUGGAUGGUCUGUGUUUGGCAGGUCGGCUGCAAGAGGCAGUGAGACUGUUUGACACAAUGGUAGAUAGAGGCCUUGAACCAGAUGUAAUCAGUUGCAGUACUUUAAUGGAUGGGUAUCGCAAGAAUAGUAAGUUGGAUGAAGCUAUGCUGCUCUUCAAGAAAAUGGAACAAAAUAAAUUGAAACCCACGAUAGUUACUUACUAUUAAGGAGACUAUACCGAGAUGGAAGAGUUGAGGCAGCAAAGAAUUUGUUUAAUGUGAUGCAAACUUUUGGUCCAUCUCCAAAUGAAGUUACAUAUGGUACCAUGUUGGACGGUCUCUGCAAGAAUGGAAAAAUAGAGGAGGCAAUAGAAUUGUUUGAAUCCAUGGAGGGUAUUGGUGCCUUAGCUAAUAUUGAAAUGUACACUAUCCUUAUUCAUGGUUUAUGUCGGGCUGACCAGUUGGAAGAUGCAAGAAAAAUGUUUCAUGAGAUUCCAGAAAAAGGUUUAGUUCCUAAUGUAGUGACAUAUAACACAAUGAUGUCUGGGCUCUUUCAUAGAAAGAUGUCACUGAAGGUUGACAAACUAAUCAUCGAAAUGGAAGAGAAGUGUUGUUUACCAACUGCUAGAACAUAUGAUACCAUCAUUAAGGGAUUUUUUAAAGGGAAAGAGACUGAGAAGGCAUUGCAAUUUCUUCGCAAAAUGCGUUAAAGAAAAUUCGCACCUUGUGAUUUUGUUAUUUCCUUGUUAACGAGUAUCCUCUCAACUGAGGAACUGAAAGAUCUUUAGUUUUUUCUUUUGCUUUUUAACUUUUUUGCUAAACUUUGUCACACUGGAAGUAGCAAGGAAUUUAAAUCUUUAUCAGUGGCCAGAUUAUAUGUGUGACACAUAUGCUUGGACAUUAAAGGUUGGCCUCGUUGUCUUAUUCUACAUCUCAACUUGCAUACACUUGAAGAGUUUUUUGCACAACCGAACCCAAACAACAUGCGGCAAAAUUGUAUUGAAGAACUGCAUGAUUCUUCAAAUGAGUACAGUCCUGCAUGGUCUCUUGGCUUUUGGACUUUACGAAUCCUCAACUUAAAAGAAACUUUUGAGGAGAUAUUUCCAUAGAAACGGAAGAAGUUUGGUGUGUAUUCCAUAAUUAUUUCAGGUCAGAUUUCCUAUAAUCUCUUAGAAUGAAGUACUUGAUGUAAAUUAGUGCUUGUGUUUGUUAACUUAUAUUAAGAAAUGGUAUCCCGAUUUGAAUACAGAUAGGUCACACCAAUAAAACAUAGUUGUUUUUUUUUUGGUUA